GGGCGGGAAAAGCGCAUUUUCACGUGGAACCCCUUAGCUAACACAGCACACUGGCUAGAGGGGUGCGCAUCGACGGGAUAGUAAUCGAUCGGGAUCGGCCUGUUGGUGCAAUGCGUGCAGUGAGUCAGAGUCCGAUGUACUAGUGUGUCCGAUUUGUCCUUCGGUCUAGGACAUUCGUAGAGCUAUGCUGGAAGGGCUGGAAGGUCCUCGCUAAGUGGAACGUUUGCGAUCGGUUUGAUCAUUAUGAAUCCAUUUAUGGAGUGAAACACAAACAGUAGCUUGAUGUAAUCGCUGGCUCCUGUUUGAGUUGUUGUUAAUUAAAACAUAAUGCCUUUCAAGCAUCACAAUGGAGAGUGAAGCGCAGAGUAAUACAAUGUUGUGUAAUCCAGUGUGUUUCUAGUACAGUACAUCAGGCUGCGUACCCCAUUCCCAUUCAGCUUCUGUGGUUCCAUUCGUGCAUUUAUUGCCGUACAGCCCCGCAAAGAACAUCAACUGCAACACAUAUAGCCAGCCAGUGGCCCAUGAGAUGCUGAAAGUAACCCGAGAGUGCCCAUAAAGUGUGCCUAAUUAAAUGUUACAUUUUAUGUCUUACAUUUUUUUUGCUACUUCGAAUGAAGUCUGCACUAAGACGCCAUCGUCGAGCGUGUGCAAUGUGAUGUGAUGGUGCAUGUGUGCUGUAAACCGAUCCGGGAAUUGGGUCCUGGUGCUGUUGCCCCGAAGUGCAAUUAUAAAUUAACAGCUGCAGUAGCACAACCGCCAGCAACAGCAGCAGCAGCAACAAUUUGCUGUUUCGCCACAAUCGAAUGAUCGGAUCCUGGCCGGUCCGGACGAUCCCUACACUCAAACUGGUCAUCGUCAGGGGGUCGUCAGCUCGUCUGCCCGCACCGCGUGUGCAACAUUGUUCCGGAGCUGGGAAGCUGCGAAAGGAGCGACACCGGAAGUGAACCAUACUCCAUUGAAUGGAAAUAAGAGAAAACAGUGAGCAGCACAAAGACGAUGCCUUCCGAGAGAUCAUUGCCAGCUGUCGGUCGCUGAGCAAGUAUGAGACGAACGUCAAAUCCGCCCUACCGCAGAUCCUGUCGGCGAUUGUGGCCGCCUCGUUCCACAUCGUCAUCGGUAUCUCGCUCGCCUACUCGGCCAUCCUGAUUCCGCAGCUCGAGGAGCCCGGUAGCGAUGUGACGAUCACGAAAGGACAAUCCUCCUGGAUUGCCUCGAUCAUCGUCAUCAUGGUACCGAUCGGAUCGCUGGUGGCCGGCAUCAUGAUGGAGUUUCUUGGGCGGCUCAACACCAUUAAGCUGGCAGCGUUGCCGUGCGUUGCGGGCUGGAUAUCGAUUGCGCUUGCACCGAGCUUCACGUGGAUCAUGGUAGGCCGUGUGUUGACCGGUUUUGCGUGCGCACUCGGCACGAGCCCUGCCAUCGUCUACAUUACCGAGGUGGCACGGCCCGAUAUGCGUGGUUCGUUGAUCUCGUCCGGUCCGACGCUUGCCUCGCUCGGUAUGGUCAUCGCUUAUGCUAAGGGAGCGUUCAUGAACUGGCGGUUGGUUUCGUGGAUUUGCAUCAUCUACACCGUUGUUCCGGUGCUGCUGAUACAGCUGUUCGUGCCCGAGUCACCCGUUUGGUUGGUGUCGAAGGGACGCAUCGAGGACGCGGCUCGAUCGUUGCGGUUCCUCUACAAAAAAUACCCUCAACCAGAACACACGGAUCAACCACUGUCGGAGAUGCACCUGAAUGCGUUGCUCAAGGAGCGCGAGACCAAAAUUGCCGAAGCUCAGCGCAACGUGAACCGUCAUGGCGAGCAGCAGUCGAAGUUGCGCGGUUUCCUCAAACCGACCGGCUACAAACCGAUGAUCAUCUUGUUCUGGUUCUUCCUCAUCCAGCAGUUCAGUGGCAUCUACAUAACGCUCUUCUUUGCCGUCACCUUUAUCCAGGACGUCGGCACCGAGGUGAACGCCUUCACGGCCUCCAUUUUCGUGGGGUUGACCCGUUUCACGAUGUCACUGCUGAACGCGUGGCUGCUGAAGCGAUUCCCGCGGCGGCAGCUAGUCAUGGUUUCGACCAUCGGUAUGGCCGCCUGUAUGGGCGUAUCGGGGUUGUUUACACUGUGGAUAAAGGAGGGCACGACGACCAUGACGUGGGUACCGGUGGUCGGUUUACUGCUGUACGUGUGCUCCUCCAUGAUCGGGUUGCUGACCAUACCGUGGACGAUGACGGCGGAACUGUUCCCGACCGAUAUCCGUGGUAUCGCACAUUCGAUCUCCUACUCGAUGGCGAAUCUGUUGAUGUUCUUCGCCGUCCAAAGCUACAGGACAAUCACUGAUCUGCUCGGAGGAGCGUACGCAGUCCAGUGGAUGUUUGCCGUGGUGUCCAUAAUCGGUUUCCUCUUCGCUCUCUUCUUCCUACCCGAGACGCACGGCAAGAGUUUGGCCGAAAUCGAAGCGUUCUUCGCGGGAAAAUCUCAACCACCGGCACAGCGGGCAUCGGCCGAGCGAACCGCUAAAACGACCGUCACCGAGCAUCUGAUUCGCAGUCCCAGCCGAGAGGCGAAGCUGAAGGAGGUUGAGUUGAUGUUGAAGAACAAGAAUGGAGCCUAGACAGGGCCGCGUGAGUCCGAGAAGGAAGACGAACAGUUAAAGAGACAGUAUUUGAGUGUUCGAUGGCGCUGGCCAGUGAGAGAAAGAGCCAGAAAGAGAGAGAGAGAAAGAGAGAGUACUUAGUGUAGGCAGAUGGCGGACGUGAAAGGUCAAAAGGGCCUAGGAAAAUGGAUGCCAAGCGAUGUGACGUCCCUCCCCUUUCUAUUUAGGCACACUUUACGCCUCGGAGAAGAAGGCCAGCAUGGCCUGAGCGGGGUGGUGCGAAACAGAGAAAAUAUAUACUUAUAUAUUUAUUGCUAGUAUUUUCAAAUUUAGGCAACAUUUCAUGUAAUUGGCAGCGAGGCGCUUCGCGAUGUGCUGCACGCAUCGGCAAGCAAGUGAAGGCGUAGGAGACACAUUUAAAUAGGAGCUGUAUUUUCUAAGGAUAAACCUUGAGCAGAGAGUGAAGAGUACCGGCGGGUGGAUGGCGGGUGGUCGCGAAUUCGCGCCACCGAACUGCUGGUGGUUUGGAGGAAUCCAUACAAAGAACGCGACACGGUACGGCACGGCCACGGCACUACACUGACGAGAAGCCAUUUAAUGCAAUCCAAGUUCAAAAACCAGUGUAUUAAUCGUCAUUUUGCCACGAAUGUAGUGUUACUAUUCGGAAUAAACUGUUGAACGGAGACUACCGUUGGAAGCCAACGGAAAGGCAAUUAAUGUACCGCGAAUGGUGUGUUUCAUUUCU